UUUACUUUAGCUGUUAAUUUUACACUAAUUUCUAACUUUCCUGUUGCUAUUUGUAAUUUUUUAACUGGCAAUACCAGAGAGCACCGCGAAUGUGUUUUUGUUUUGGUUUUAAUUUUUAUUUUCUUCUGCGUAUUAUAAAUUAUGUAUUUUUAAAAUGAUCUAAUGAAUGAAUUAAAUUAUUUUCUAGUUGAAUAAAUUACAAUCAUAAAAUAUUUCUGAUGUAAUUAUGUUAGUUUUUAUGACAAGUUUUCUAAUUUAUUAAAUCCUCUACCAUGUCUAACAGUUUCAGCUGUGUUCGAAAGUCGCUGUGCUGCAUAAAUUUGCUAUUUUGGGUAUUGGGAUGUGGCAUGUUGGGAGUGGGUUUAUGGCUGAAUCAGUCUUAUAGAGGAUAUUCCAAAGUUUUAAUUUCUCAUCAUGUAUUAAGUGGAGACUACUUGGUAAUAGUUGCUGGAGUUUUAACCUUUUUGCUCGGAUUCUUAGGAUGCUGUGGUGCUUGGUUUCAAAACAAAUUUCUUUUAAGAAUGUAUUUUAUCCUGGUUAUUGUGGUUCUCCUUCUUGAGUUUACUGCAGGAACUUUAGGAUUCAUUUAUAGAAAGCAUAUUGGAGAAGCUUUGCAAGAAGAAUUGCUGAUCGGAAUACAUGAUCGAUAUGCCAUUGACAAUCAUAAUGGUUUAAAAGAAACUUGGGAUCAUAUUCAGACACAGUUCCGAUGUUGCGGUGUUAGAAAUUAUCGUGAUUGGCAUCAAAUAUCUGCUUGGCCAGAUAAAGAGUGGGUUCCUUCCAGUUGUUGUCUUCCAAAGUUCUCUAAUAUAUCAUCUUGUGGAGAAAUGGAGGAGGUUUCUUACAUAUAUUCAUCAGGUUGCUAUCCAAGAUUACAUGUGUGGUUAAUGGAGAGGAUGCAUAUUGUAGGAAUAAUAAGCAUGGUGUUUGCCUUUAUUCAAUUAUUUGGUAUCAUAUCUGCUUUAAUAAUUGUUUGUUCCAUGAACCCUAAACGUCGAUGAAUUACUGAGCAAAAAAUGUUUUUAUGUAGUUAUUUUAAUAAUAUUUUUCUAUAAUGAAUGAAGGAUAAUAAUAACCAUGAAUAACAGUUGUGAAAAACAAUGCAUUUUAACUAUUAUGCAGAUAGUAUUUUUCUAUGAUGAAGGACAACAUUCGCAAAGAAUGGGAAUUAUUGAAAAGAAUGUAUUUUAACCAUUAUCCAGAUAUUUUUCUAUGAAGGAUAACAAUAAUGAUGAAUGUGCUUUUUUAAUCUUUUAACUGUUGGUCUCUUAGUUUAGGACAGGACUUGCUUUUUGUAAGGAAUAUUGUUGAAAAUAAUGUAUUUUAACUGUUAUCCAGAUAAUAUUUUCCAUGAGAAAAUACUGCAUUGAAUAUAAAUAUGCAUUUUUAAUCCUUUUAACUGUUGACCUCUCGGUUUUGGGUAGAAACUUAUUGCUUUUUUUUUUGUAAAGCAAACCAGUAUUGUUUAGUUUUAAAUGAGGCUUUUUUAAUAAGUCCCGUUUGGUAUUUAAAAUAUAUUUUUACAUUGAUACACUUGAUCCAGCAUUAUGUCAAAUUUCUCAUACAUGUUAAACAUCUCUGUAUAAUCAAAAACAACAGUAUGCUUAGAAUUGUAAUGGGCCUACAUGAAGCAUAUGAACAGCAUUGUUAGAGAAAUGUUAAGUUUAACUGAUUCUUUAAGCUGAUAUUUUUCAAGUUAUAAAAUGUUUUUAUAUUAAAAAUAAGAGUCUUGUUUGAAACAUAUUAUAGUCUAAAAAGAAUUUUCUAUAUGAAUGAUAAAUAUUUCAAUUACGAAGUUAUAAAGCUGUGAUAUGCAAUUAUUACAAAUAACUGUUAAUAUGCUAAGUACUACUAUUAUAUCCAUUACAUUUCAAUCUCGAAUUGAUCUUCAAUUUUUUUAAAUUUUAAUAACUGUCAUAAAUUUUUGAAUUAAGUUAUUCUUUAACACAAGCAAAUUUAUUGUGUAAAAUUGUUCAAGGUGUUUGAUAGUUAAAGGGUUAAUAGCUAUUUAGAUGGGGGGUUUUUCUAUGACAUGUGAUAAAAAAUUUUCAGUUUUUCUACUUAAAUAGUUUGACACAUUUUCUUAAAAAUAUAAAAAAAUUUUGAAGUUUAUGUUAAUACUUUUUUUAAAAAAAUGUUUUACUAAUAUUAUAUAAUGUAUUGUUGACUACUUUAAAACUUGAUCGCAAACACUCAUUAACAUAAUUUAUAAUUACAGUCUAUGCUCUUUAGUACAACCUUAUGCUGUUUCCCUUCCAUUAUAAAAACCGAUACAUAAAAUUCUAUCUUCUAUUCCACAGACGUAAUGUUAUUUUAAUGUCCAUUAGAAUGUCUAAACUGAACUGUUCUUAUGAAUAUCGACCAAAAAGUUUUUUUUAGUUCUAAGAGAAAUUCUUAGUGAAAAUGGCUGCUUGCAACUAGUAUGACGCCAUAAAUUUAAAACAAAAUUUAAAAUUUUUUUUUGGAAAAGGGUGGAAGAUUAAAGUAUUAAAGAGUAAAGAUUUUCUACGGUUUUGUGUACUUACUACAUAGCAACCUUAUGUUAUUCCCAGUAGUCGAUAAAAAUUACAUUUGCUUUGUAGUUAACUACAACUAUUUUAUUACAAUUGUAGAUAACUACUUUUAUUCAAUGGAGUGACUACAAACUACUUUUGAAAAGUAGUUACUACUUCUUUACUUUUAGAAGACAAACUUAACUGUAGAACUAAAUUUUCCCCAAUAUUCAAAAUGAUUUUGAAUAAAAAAUUGGCUUGGUUAAAUAGGAGGAGAUAUUACGAAGUUUUAAUUUAUGUUUAUAUGAAAUAGUUUUUUAUUCUAAAGCACUUUUUACAAAAUUGUUGUUUAAACUCAAUGCUUUUCUCAACAGUAAUUUAAGAAAUGCAUGGAAAUUGAAAAAAAUUGUGAUUUAAGUGAUCAAUGCUUUUAUAUAUCCUCCAAGAAAUAAAAUACAGUUCGAAAAACAAAAAUCGGACUACCCUGAAUAACAUUUGAUCCAAUGAACUUAUAUCAAAUAACUUUUAACCAGAAUAACUUUUGAUAGAAUUUUUAAAAAGUGAGAUAUUUAAAAUUCGAUCUCUCAGGAGCAAUUCGACCUAUUUCAUACCGAUUUUUCCGAACAACAGAGGUAGAUCUUAUUGACGCUCAGCCACCGAGGCAUUCUCAUUGUGCACAUUGACGGGUCUGCUUACAAUUUACACCAAUCAGAUUGGAAUUUUUUUUUUGCAUUUGAACUUUGUUUAACUGUUUUAAGGGAAUUUGCAAGAAUACUACACAUAGAUAGUUUCUAAACUAAUGUUCUUUUAUAUCACACUACUCACCACACUAUUUCUUUUAAAAAGUAGCAGAAUGCAUUACCAACUACAGAGA